AUGGAUCUCGACAGCGGAUCUACCUAUGAUUUUAAGGUUAUUGCUAUAUUAAAAACUGGUAGAUUGAAAGUGACGUCUGUUGUUUCAAUCAAAGUCCCUCAAUGGAGUGGUCUUCAACCUCGACAACUUGGUCUUCUGAUACGUCCAUCCAUGAUGCUUGCAACACAGAAUGUUGAUCAAGCCAAAGCCUUGAUCGAUCGAGGAAUAGCAUCAGAUGGAACAUAUCCGAAUGGUUCUGCUUAUAUUAUGAACACAACCGAUUCAACUAGAAGUUUUCGUGCAAAAAUCUUCUCUGUUUCAAAUUUAGGAAAUGCGCUGGGAUUAAUCCACGUUAGUAAUAUUAUGACAAACAAAUUUCCACCAUGUGCUGUGGCGAAUCAUUUGAUUUCUGCUGGUGGAAUGCUUACUGGUUUUAGUCAGAUGUCCGCUCUUGAAUUUAUUGCUGAUGGUGCUACAGGAACAUUUGGUACUGUCAGUGAACCAUGUGCUUAUUCUCAAAAAUUUCCCUUCCCAAGUUUAGUGAUAUCACACUACACGAAGGGUGAAACUCUUAUUGAAGCCUAUUGGAAAAGCAUUCUACAAGUGUUUCAAAGUGUAUUUGUCGGAGAACCUUUAGCCAAUCCUUGA